AUGAAAGAGAGAGUGACGUUGCAUGAAGCACUGCACCGUGUGGAAUGUGGGCUACUGCGGUGUGAGCGGCAACGGGAAAAUCAACAACGCGUGCUGCAGUUACUAACGGCUAUUGUGGAGACGCUAGAGAAUACCAAAAUUCAUUUUCUGGAGAAGUGCCCUGUCGCUGCCGUGCCAGCUGAUGCGUUGUCGCCGUCCCCAGACGACGACGACGACGACGACUGUAGAUAUCUUUCCCAAGAUACAUUGGUGCGGGAUGCACUCGGUGCCGUGCUGCACACACUGGCGCGCUCACAGCAUUCUGUAAGUGCGGCACUCGCGCGGUUGUCGCUGCGCACGCGCGCAGUGGAUGAGCGAGUGCAGAGAUUGUCUGCUGCUAUCGAAUGCAGAGCUGCCGCAGUGCGGGAGCGCAUGGAAGAACAGGAACACCAGGGCAUGUUGGAUGCCACGGCGUUGGCCGUGUUGGCAACUGUUGUGCGGCUCGGCUGCGGGGACGCAAGUGACACCCCAACCAGCACUGCAGAAGGCUCUCCCCAAGCAGAUGUGGCUGGAGUUUCUCUCCCAUCGUGUUGUGCUGCGCUGCGGCUGCUGUGGCGAAAGGCGGAGCAAACAACAACCGCCGCGAUCCGCGAUACUGCGGACGUGCAGCACUCCGCUGUGGAGGCCACAUGCCGCUUGCUCCGCGUCACGCUGCACGAGGCAUUGCUGUCGCAUCGCCACUUCCCAACGCCGCGCGUCUGGCAGCAACAACGUGACUGCCGCUUUGCGUGGCGCGAGGAACUGCACAGGGCCGACGCACGGCGGCGAGCAAAGUGGGAGCGCCACUCAAGAAUGGCGGACGCCGUGGCAAAGGGUGAGUUGUUGUGA